UGGUUCCAGGGUUCGAAGAAAGUCAAAGCCCAAGGCAUGGGUGUGCACAAGCCGGAGGAGAUUGAGGAAUUCGGCAAGCACGACCUCAAGGUGAUCUCGGACAUGCUAGCGGACAAGCCCUUCUUUUUCGGAGACGAACCAACAACUCUCGACGUGGUUUCAUUUGCCGUCCUCUCGCAAUUGCAUUUCAUCUCGAAAGAUGUCAAUUUGCCCCUUAGGGACUUCAUGGCGACCUCAUGCCCCAACCUCGUGGGUCAUGUUUCGCGAAUGAAGGAGCGCUGUUUCCCCGAUUGGGAUGAAAUUUGCACCAAAUUGGAUUUGAAUGCCCAUCUACCAAAACCAGAACCUGAGGCUAAGGAAGGCAAGGAGGGUGAGACAGAAAAGAAAACCGAACAGGAAGGUGCCGAAGCUGAGAAGAUCGAGAAGGAACUGGAGAAGGAUAAGUCCGAUGAGAAGACGGAAAAGGUGGAGGAGAACAAAGAGAAGGAGGAGGCGAAGUAAAAUGCAUUGAAGUCGUGAAGAAACGCACAAAAAAACGGUUUUUCUUAUUAAAAUAUUUUCUCUUUUAUUUCUAAAUUAGAAGAUUGAGAAGACACAAUGGUUAGAUUGAAAUUAGGCAAAUGCUUAAGGUAAAAACAAAAAGUAAUGAAAAGUUUCCAAAAAAAAAGGAGAAAAACAAGAGAAAAGAAAUGAGAAUUAAGCGAUAGCUCACGAAUGGAUGAGAGAACAAUGAAAGGCAAAACAAAAUGGCAAUUUAUGAUGCGAAAUAUUGUGUAGGAAAUAGUGCGUUAGGAACAAAAUAUUCUCAUGACAAACACACUUUUUUUCUGUGGAUUUAUAGAAAUUAUUUUAUAUAUUUUUUAUUAUAUAUAUUUUUUGUAUAGAAAAUAACACGAUAUUUUUUUUCCUUCGAAUAAGUCCUUCUCCCCUCCCCCAAUGCUCCCAAAACCCCUCUUUUUUUAUACAUAAAUAUAAAUAAUAUAAUUUGCAAUGAAGACGAUGAGAAAACUCCAAUUUAUUUUUAAGAAUUUUUAAAAAUAACGUUCUUUUGAGCUAUAAUGAGAAAAUGUAUUCAUGACCAUAAUGCUAUAAAAAAACGUUCUAUAAAAUAAGAUAGAAAGCUGUCAUUUUUGUGCUCUUUUUUUGUUUUUUUUUUUCUUGUGUAAUUCAUGACAAUUAUGAGUUUUUUUUUAUAAAGUGUUUUUCUUUUAUUAAUUUAGGUAAGGAAAAUGUAUAGAAAAAUAUUUCCCAUAAUUUUUGACAUAUCUUUUAUUUGUGGAAAAAAUAGAUAAAUAGCUAACAAUGAGAUUUUCUUUUCACUGUAAACGUUUUCUUAUGAAAAAAUUUCAAUAAAGACUUGAUUUUGCAGAAUUCUUUUAUUUUUUUUUUGUAAACUUAAAUUGUUUCUGUUAAAUGUUAGUGGUUGACGUAACUUCAAGUGACAGAUGUUGUUACAUUACGUCACACAGGAAGACUUUGACAGCUUCAAACAGGAAUUAUAGUUGACCCCCAAAAUUGCUAUAAAAUUCACAAACAGCGCCCUCAUCUUCCAUAAAAUGCCAAUAGUGGUGAAUUUUGGAAGCUUAGCACCAAAGGGCUGACUUUUAUAGCAUAAAAAUCAAGUCUCUUGCGUCUCUUGCGUCUCCUUGGAUUAAAAUUUAUUACGAAAAAAAUCACUGCCAAAUGAUUUUUUGAUACCUUUAUAGUUUUUUCUUUUCAAAGAACUUUUACAAAAAUAUUUAAAUAAAAAAAAACCAAAAAUCACUGAUAUUGCGACGAAAGCUCAAAGUUUUUUGACAUCACCAAUUAUAAAAAAUUUUCGAAGCUCCUUUUGCUAUAAUUUUCUUUGUGUAUGACUUUUUCAAUGGUUGGAAAGGCAUGUGAGACAAUUUUAAGGGAUUCUUUUUUACAAUAUUUGAAGAAAAAAAAUUCAAGAAAAAAUGAAGAAAAACUAAAUGCAAAAGAAAAGUAAAUCUUAAAAUUAGACUUACAACGUACAUAUAUAGAUCAAAGUGAAUAGAAAAAAAACAUAACAUGCGUUUUUUUUAUAGUAAAACAAGUGAGUUGAGAUGAUGGUAAAAAAAUCAAAAAAAUGCGUAAAUAAAUAGAAUAUUUAAAAAUACUCUCAAAAUAAAAAAAAAUGAAAAAUAUUGCUAUAGACUCGUUUUUUUUUCUAAAUGAAAAAAAAUUAUAUACUAAAUUAUAAAAAAUAGAAGAAAUGCAAAGGAAAUAAAAUUAGAGAAAAAGCAAAAAAAAAUUAAUAAAUAAACAAAAACAAAGAAAUUGGUAUUCAGGUGAUUUGUUUCUUUCCAAAAGAAAACAAAUCCCCAUCACAUCGUCAUUAAUAUUCCAAGAAAAAAAAAUGGGAAAUUGCGUAGAGAAGGGCGAAAGAAUGAAGCAAAAACAAAUUUAAGAAAAAACAAGUACUGCAAAGAAAAUGCGUGAGAAUAAGGAAAUUAAAGGAAAAACCCAAAUGCAAGUGGAUGAAACGAAAUGUUGGAAAAAAAAUUUGUUUAAAAAAGAAAUUGAUAAAAUGUGUAUUUUUAAAAAUAUAUUAUAUUGAAACUUGUUUAAAAAAAAAGAGGAUAAAAUUUUACUAUAAAUGUAAGAAAAAUGAAAGAAAAUGCGCAAUGAGGGCAUAAAAAAUGUGAAAUUGUUUAUUUAUAAAUAUUAAGGGAUGUGGACUUUGUAUUAUUUUUGCUCAAAAAGAAAAUUUGCUAUAAAAAAAAAAUUAUAUCCAAUGCCACAACCACUUUCCCAUAAAAUCAACUCAGUCCCCCAUUUUAGCCCAUUUUUUCUACAUUGUCUUUUAGGUGACUUUUAAUGGAUUUUUCAUGAUAUGAGAGAAUGCCAAAAAACGAAAAUUUUUUUAAAAAUAAAAUUGAGCAAAAAUAAUCAACAAUUUGCAGUACUAACUGGAAUUUUAAACUGAGCGAGAGAGAGUGACGAAGAAAUGAAACUUGCUAUAAAAAAAAUGAUGGGAAGAAUGCUCCAAGGCGCGAACCACAUGGUAUAAAAAAAAGUAAAUAAUGAGAUAUUGAUGAAGUAGUAGGUAAAUUUUUUGGAACUAUAUAUAUAUACAUAUUAAAAUAAAGUAAAAAAAAUUGAUAGACACGUAAAAGUUUAAUCCAUUUUAAAUGUUUCAUACACUUAUACAAUUAAUAAAUGAAAAAAAAUGAUAAUGAGUAAUUGAGAAAAGAUUAUAUACAUACUAUGAAAGGAAAAAAAAACAUAAAAAUGAUGAAAAUAUCAUAGAAAAAGAAAAAAUAAUUUCUCCGCAAUGUUUUUUGAUGAGGCGCCAAAGCCAGCAAAAAAAGGGAUUUAUUUAUCACUUUAGUGACAUUUUACUCUUUUUUUUUUCUUUAAUCAUUCAUCUAAUAGUCUGCGCCCGAAACACCUAAAAAGGCGAGAAGAAAAAAAAACACACAAAAUUAUAGAUUAAGUGUGAGCUUGAAUAUGAUAAUUAUUAAUUAAACAAACCAGAAAAAUAUAAAUGUAACCUGUAUUACAUGGAAUAUUGUCAAUAAAAGAAAAUUUCUUGAA